UGUGGUGGAGAGUUUGGUGUUAGUCUCUGGUGGCGGCGGGCGUGUUGUGCGUAGCUCCGUGAUCUGACGAUUCUAAUAUUGGUUUAACGUGAGAAAAAGUUGCUAAAAAGUUUGUGCAGAGGUAUCGUGGUAUUGGUUAUUCCGCGGAGUGUUCGAAACCCGUCAAAACGAAGCCAUUUGGAUUAAAAAAGAGCGACAACUUCACCUGCGAGAAUUUUUUUUUCUUUGGACAAGUCUCACACCAAAACAACAGAUUUGUGGCGCGGAGAAAUUUAACACAGGAAACCUGAGCCCAACAAAGGUAUGGGGUGACUGCAGAUGACGCCCUCUACGAUUUUUUAUGAUUGUCGUUUUUGAUGAGCUUCUGGCCAACUAGAGGGGGCUGGGGGCCCCUGAGGCCCUGUGGCGUCCCUGAAAUAAUGUCCCUUUGGCUGGAGUGAAGCGAACGCGGAGGGGAGACUGCUCGGGGAGGGCUUUCAGAGUAAGGGCGGCUUGGGCCUGCCCUUGCGACGCGGCCCGCCUUUUGGAAGUCCUCAGGAUGUCCUCCGACGGACGUUGACGCCAGCGGAGGAGAGUUAUCGGCGGUCACCGAGAAAAAAGCAAAAGCUACCGACAUCGACAACGGAUAUGUCACGCUGACGUCACUCACUCACUCACUUACUCAUUGUCUUCGGGCGCUCUCCUCUGCAAACUUAGGUAGCGACACGCCAUCCACGUACCCACACGCGCAUUCUCUCUCUCUUUCUCCCUCUAUCUAUCUCUAUCUCUCUGUCCCUGUCUCUCCUCAUUCACACCACCUUUUCUGACACACGUACGUUCUUCUUACCUGUUCCUUGUUCUGUUAAGUUCCAUAUUUCAUCUGAGCCCCUUGUCACCAACUUUAUUCCGACCAAUCAGAACGCAAGAGCAUAAUCAGUCAACGUUUUCAUUGGCCGAAUGUGAAAAGAGAAACGUAUUUUACCCACCUACAACAAACUUGUUUACAAUCCUGAAAAAUAAAAAAAAAAAGUCCAGGAAAGAUGUAUCGAAUAUGAUGUGGUGCCGUCUCGACUGAAGCCUGUGUCAGUUAUUAUGAAAAGUUUCAAAGUUCGCGUGAGGCGUGAGGAGAGAAUGCUUUAACAGCGGAGGAUCUGAAGCAAAGAAAAAAUAGUGGAAGUAACUGACGAGGGGAGACAGAAUAUUUGAUUCGAAAAUAAAAGUGAAGUAGUGAAGGUUAUCGAGAAACGUUGACCUUGACCUUCGAGCGUCAAGGUGUGCCCCAUUCGAAAGGUUCGUCUCCUCUUCCACGAUGCCCAACAUGAACCUCAAGAAACUCUGGAGGAAAAAGAGCGUCACCAUCACUGAAUACGACCCCACCUACAAGGUCGUGUACCUGGGGAAUGUCCUCACAGGAUGGGCCAAAGGCGAUGGUUGUGUGGACAAGCCCUUGGCGACCCUAUGGAGGAACUACUGCCAGAGCAACCGACAAGACAUAUCAAUGAAGGUGACGAUAUGUGGGGCGGGCCUUCGCGCAGUUACCCAUGAACAUGGACUGACAGAGUACUGGGCGCACAGGGUCACUUACUGUGCCGCCCAUCCAGCGUACCCCAGGGUCUUCUGCUGGGUCUACCGUCACGAAGGGCGGAGGCUGAAACAGGAGCUUCGCUGCCAUGCUGUGUUGUGUCCUAAGAAUGAGAAAGCGGAGGCCAUGGCAGCGCAGCUGAGGGUACGCCUGGCCUCGGCAUUGCAGGAAUUCCGACGAGAGAAGGUUGUGCGACAGAAUGCGCGUCUCUCCCUCAUGCAUGCCAUCUACGACUCUGCAGCCAUCCCGCGGCGUCGGCUCCUCUUGUCAACCGGCUCUGCAAACUACAGGCCUCCCCUGGAGCGGUCCAAGAGCGCACCGAAAUUAGGGGCCAUUGAGGAGAGCAUUGAAGAGGAGGAUGAAGAUGAUCUGGGGCACAGCGAUGACGAGGAUAUCGAUGGCAUUGAGGGAGCUUCAGUUCACCUUCGACCGGAGGAAGACGGAGGUGGUUCGAGCACAGUGUCCGAAACGAUAUCUGACAUUGUGGUAGACUAUGAUUCUAGUAGUGAGGCAGCCAGCGCUGGCCAAGACAAUUAUGGUCUGGAUGACGAGUUCGAGGGCAAUCCACACUAUUCCUCUGCAUUCCGUCACUCUGACAGUCUUUUGUAUUGCCCAGUACCUUCGCUCUCACCUCUCACGGAACAGUCAAAGCACGAGACCUUAGUGGUUGCUGCGGAGCCUGGAGGAGUAGAAGGUGGCGGUGGUGGGAGUGGAGGGGUGGUGAGUAACUGUGGAAGGGAGGAUCUGGGACUUCUCGCUUCCCUCACUCGCGAGUUGAGUCUCGGGGCACCGACAGAAGAGUCUCUGACUUCAGAUCAGCCCGAGUCUCUUGGUUCGCACUGUGAUUCGUGUAGUUCUUCAUGUGGAGCUUGUAGUGACCCUUGUGACGUCGCGGUGGAACAGGAGCAUCUGAUGAGUGAAAGUGACCAUUUGAAUGAGGAUCGUUCGAUAAAUGAAAAUAGUGGACCUGGUAAAAUGGUCCAUAUGGAUGGGGACAACAUUAGUGAGGAGAGUGGGUAUUCUGAAGACAAAGAUUCACUCCAGAAUCUAGAUGCUACAAAACUGUAGCAGAUUGUUAUAUAUUAAUCACAGUGCGUAACGACUGUGAAUCAGUAAUCUCUGAUCCUUCAUAUUAUUUAGAUUACCAUAUAGGUCCCUUUCCUGUGUGUGAUUACAGUUAGGGAUGCGUGCGACAUCUGCAUGAACACAAAAGUGCUUCCUCGUUUGCCUCUCCUGUUCGUGGUUUGCUCUUUUGUUACUAGUCCAGUGAAGUUCAAACUUCCUUGUCAUUCAAGGAAAAGAAAGAACACUCCCUUGUUGGUGAAAGAUUCUCACAAAUCCAAAGCAGAAAGUUGGGACGAAAUGCUGAGAAUGGACCAGCUCUUCCGCGAGUUUGAUGUUUUCAACAUUUGCCGUACGGACUCGCCUAAUGGUAAUCUUAUAGUGUAACUAUAACACAUACCCCUAGAAUGUGAAGGCUACAUUUUGAUUUAAAUAAUGUAUGCAUUUUAUUUGUAAAUUAUGUAUAUCUGAACUUGAAUGAUAAUAUACAUAUAGUUGUUAUGACUGUAUUAUUUAACUGCAAAUCUCUCCUGUAGUGAAUCACAAGAGUGGGCCUUAGCUAGCAUCUCCUAGACUCUUGGUCUAGGACCUUUAUAUUAAGUAUUUAUAUGUGAUGCUAUUACUGUUUUCAUGUAGCUAGGCCAGCUGUUUUUUAAGCUUUUUAAGAGUCUCUCAGAUAUAUAUGCCAGUUAUUUCUUUUACAAGCAACCUACUUAGUAUUCAAAAUACAUAAUUUAAGGCAGCCCAUGUAUAGAUUAUGACAUUUUGUUAAGGUAAGAUACAACAAAUAACAUACUACUGGCGUUAUAAAAAUUUGUCACAACCUACCUUAAGCAGAGCAAAACUGAAACUUUCAUACUGUUGGUGGAUUACUAAUUAUUUAUAAUAAUAAUGAUACUGUGUUUAAGGUCAACAGUGUUCACUUUUUAUAAUACGAUAUUUGUGAAGAAUAAAUGUAAUCAUAAAAUGGCCAAGCCAUUGGGUACAUUAAUCUCCAAAAGCAAGUUUUUGAUGUGUAACUGCUAUUUUGAAAUUUCCUUUCAACUUAACAUUAUUAAUUUAUGCAUAGGGCCCUUUCUAUAAAUGCAGUGUGGCUAAGUGAGAAGUUGAUCGGUUUUAUUUUGUAGAGACUUGACUUUAUUUUGUAGACAAUUGACUGAGAAGUGCCAUAUACAGUAUAUAGUAUUAUAUGCCAAUGCUGCCACGUAGCUCUAUCCUGUUUUAUUGCAAUUCAAAUAAAACUGCAGGAGAGCUUUACUUCCCAACCAUCCAUUUCCCAGCUUUGCCUACUAGACAAGAGCUGCAGUGACAGAACUGACACAGUUUUUGUGCGCGACCAUAAAAUACCUUGUGUGGUUCUGCACUCGGGAGGCUUUUCUCUGAAGUUCAAGGAGUGUUAGCUGCUUCUCUGUUCUGCGCAAAAGUUCCCGUUCUAGAGCGAAGAAUUGUUGACAUCUUCCAGGAAGCUUGUGCCCAUUUGCUGCUGAUUUGGGGGGCUGGAACUCAGAACGGAAUCCCGUCUAGUAAGUUGAUUAGCUGUCUACCCUAAAGGAAUUCUCAAUGUUCCAGUGGUUACGAAAAAAGCUGCAUUUUUCAUCCUCUGAAGAUUUUUCCAGUUUUAACUGGUUUCAAAAUUCUGGCUUUAUCAAUUUUUUUUGUAUGCUAAUAGGUCACCUUAUCUGUAUGACUUCAAUGUGUGAUAAUUAAGUAUGGCAUCGUAAUUUUAAUUUUAAUAUAUAUUUUCAUAAAGGGUGAAGGACUAGAAGCUAGCUCUUAAACCUUAGCUGCAAAUCAGAUCUUCAAAGUGGCUGCUAUUUUUUAUGGUCCAGAGGAGACUAGGAAAGGCAUUUUGUAUUGUUUCUCAUUCAUUGAUGUUUAUUUAUUAUUCAGCGAUAUACUCAUGUCUUUUAUUUGUUAUUGAACACCUGAUCUUUCUCAUCGUGUUCAUUCAUAAGGGAAGCCAAGAGGAGUAGAGGAGAGGUUCAACCAAUAUUCUGCAGGAAGUUGCUGCUAUUAUAUCAUUCUUGGCACUGUACUGGUGCCUAGUGUGCAAAUUCGUAUUGAUUCUCAUCAGUGUCACUUUCACUGACAAUGCUGUAUUGUAUGGACAAUUUUCUGUGUUCAUUUUCAUUUUUCUGUCCAGAAGACAUUGGUGCUUUCCUUUCUCUCUCAGUGUUUUAAUGGAGUAAAAUUCAAAGUGUAGGUUUUCAUAAUGCCUCAGAAUUCAGUACUUAAUUUGUAUGGAAGUGGUUUCCAAUUGCGGAUUGUAUUAUUCUUGCAGAAGUAUUUAAACAAAUUGCUCUAUGACUUUCUCGAUAUGAGGUCACAGUCCUUUCCUGAAAUACUGUUGAUGAUAUUCUCUUGCACUGGUUUCUGUCAGUGUCGAUACAGAGCAGAUUUUUUCCCCCGUUUCUUAAACUGUAGCCUUUUUGUUAUCAACAUGGAAUUUUCACUGUCGAUUGCGUAAGAAUCAUUUAUAUGAGGAUAUAAAUUAUUCUAAUAGUUAUAACAUUAUCAUUAACUCUCAUAUAUGCUAAGUUUAUGUCUUCAGCAGGAUCUGUGUGGAAUUUUACUUGUGAUUUCUUUCCAAACUUACACCGAUGUAUAAUAUAAUAACCGAGACAUACAAAUGACUGACAUUUAUUUUAGUUGGAAUCUCUUACUCAGUAGUAUUUCAUCUGUAAGACUUGUAAUUCGUAUGAUGGAAUUAUUUGUUAAGUCGUGCAUUAUACUAAACGAUAACUUAUUAUCCAUUCAUAACUUCACAAACAUUACACACUUUCAAAACAGUAAUACUAACAUUUAUUUUGGGAGAGUGCAUUCAUCUUUGUUAUCUAAUGUAUCUGAUCAAUUUCAAAUAAAAUAUUCUAGAUGUUACUGCCAUAACACUUUCAAGAUUUGUCGCGAGUACUAGUGCCACUUCGUACUGUGAAAAUCUGUUUUCUGAAGUGGUAUUUUCACACGUGUUGAGUCAAGUCACACAGAUGACGUUCUCUUUCCAAGGCUUUCGAAGUGUCAAAAGGACCAUGCGUAUUUUCACUGAAUGAAGCUAUUGAGUGGCUCAGAGAGAAAAAAUGGAGCUUUAAUGUGUGUUUCUCUGCGCUUGUUUUAUACACGUGCUGCAAAAGUCCUCUGUAGAAAUGUUAUAUAUUUAGAUUUUUCCACGAAACACAGUCCUCUGAUGACCUUUCUUCUUUAUUUUAAGGGUCAGUUUACUGAUGAAAUAUGUAAUCUGCCCCAUUCAGCACCACCAUCUCGUACCUUCUGCACAAUGCUGAGAAAUGAAGCUAUAUCGUGAGGUGAUGCAAUGGAUCCAUGAACUUUAUCUAACGAAACUUCUUAGUAAAGCUAAAGUAACGGAAAAGUAAGAAGUCAGUGGAAAAUAGGUUCUCAGGUUAUUUGGCAUUAGAAAUUGUACCGUGAAGCACUUGGAAACAUUCCUUCGGUUUUUAAUGUAACUUCAAGAUGAUCGUAAAUGUUCAAUUUCAAGUUGGUAAAGUAUUACAGUAUAUUUUAAUGAUAACUUAAGGUUAUAUUGGCUUUUGAUAUAGCUAUUUAUAUCGUUCACAUUUUUUUUGUCUCUUACUGAACCCUAAUGCUUCAGAGGAAAGUGAAGAGACAGAUUUUCAACACAAGCAAAUUAGGUUAUUAUCAUCAUUGUACUAUUACUCUGUUGGUAAUGGUACACACGCUUCAUAAAUAUUAUCUAUAUGAAGCAGUUGAAUGAUUUAAGGUUGUUCAGUGAUGGGACACGAAGAUGCAUUCUUUCUGAGAGUGUUGUUUCAUCUUUUAUUUUUACGAUCUGAGAAUGCAUUCUUUCAAAGUGUUGUUUCUUCUAUUAUUUUCUGUCUUGUUGAAUAUUCUGUGCGUUGGGGGAAUACAAUAUUCCAGAUGCAGUUUGAGAUGUUUAUUGGGUCAAGCGAGAUACUGGUGCUACUACUGUGCUUUUCAGGCAGUGGCAAGAUCGGGGCCGAGAGAGAGAUGUUGUAUGUACUUGAAAAUUACAACCAAGACGGAAAAAAAAGGGAGGUACUUGAACCGCCAUCAGAAAAUAUAUGGCUUACUUUACUCAUUGUGAUGCAAGCUACAUUCCAUGUAUAUAUAUAGCUAUUAAAAAUGUCAGGGAUGUACAUAAGAAAUGUAAUUUUGUAUCAUAUAAGUAGAUGUUAUCUAUAGAAUUACCAAAUAAACUUAUUACCCUAU